AUGCCCUCGGCAGCUUCUGUGCCUGCGCCCGAUGCCACUGUGAAGCAAGCUUUUGAAGAGCUCCAGAGGCGCUUCGAUUAUGACCCCAAGGUCACAGAGAAGAUUCUGGAGUUGGGAGUUCGCAGCAUGAGCGACUUCCGCUUCUACCCGGCAGACGCAGCUGAUGCCGCAGCGUCGUUCGUUGAGAGCAUCACGGACCUGGAGGGGAAGCGGAUUCAGGCAGCACGCCUGAAGGCUGCCUGGAGUGCGGUCUGCAAAGCAGAGCAGGCACGCCAUGAUGGAGCUGCCCCCGUGGAGUUGGAUGAGGAAGAGUUGUUACCUCCUCAGACUUUGCAAGGCAUCAAGCAAGCCUUCUUCACCCGGUACAAGAUGCACUUUCCAGCUGAGCAGUUCCCAGGAGAUCGGCUCAUCACUAAGCUCAGCAGGGGCCUGGCCAAGAGCAACCUGGAGGUGUUCCCAAUCUUGCAGGUGAAGACGCUGGGAGAGCAGCGAGUCCAGGUGGUCAAGAAGCGCAAGGUGGCGCCGAAUUUGUGGUAUAGCUCAGGCCAGGACGAUGCUGAGGCCGAAAAGAGUGCCUCCAAGUACUUGGACCUGCUGUACACCUACUGUCUGGGCCUUGCCAUUGUGGGGGCUGAAAAGCCUGACAAUCCCCCCACGGAAGCUGAGACGUUGUCUGCAUCCACCCUGGCCUACUGCAAGGUACCAUGGGACGUGGUCUACAGGUACCACUUCAGGGCUGCAGAUUUCAUUGCCAAGCUGGGCGAGCAUCAUCCCCACCGGCUGCAGGUGUUGGAGAAGCUCGACACUGCUGAGCGCACCAUGUGGGCUGCUGAGUUCUCCAAGGGCGGGAAGACUCUGGGAGCAGUCAUCAAUGAGGCCUACACAACUCGCGAUCCGUUGUGGCUUCCGGAAGCCCACAUGAGGCCAGCAGAGCCUGCGCGUGCGCCGCCAUCCAAUCCAGGUGCUCGCUCAAGUGGCAAUCAGCUGGCGACGAAGCUGAGAGACGGUAAGUCACUAUGUGGGGCUUGGCAGCAAGGCAAGUGCCCACACCAGCAGGAGAAAGCCUGCGUGAACGGGGAGCAUCUCUGCGCGCGACCGCUUAAGUCAGGUAGGGUCUGCGGCCAUCCAGGUCACACAGGAAACAAGUGUGACCAUAAGCAGCGAGCUUUCUGA